AUGGUGGUGGUUGCGUUGGGGGAGAAGAAGAGAGAUCAUAUUCCUUACCGCUCCAGCCGCCUCACGCAUCUUCUUAAAGAUACUCUUGGGGGUGAUACGAGGGUAUGCAACAAAGCUGUAGUUAACAUAACUGUGGACCCGUUGGCUCUGUCGCGGCGGCUUGAGAGAGACGUGCAGCGCCUGAAGCAGCAGCUGCAGAUCACCAAUUCUCUCAUGGGCAAACAACCACAAUCUAACGAGCCAUCGACCCCUGAGGAGAUGGAGGAGAUGAGGAAGACGGCCACCCUCUUUCUCAAUGGGGAGCAGCAAGACAUACAGUUCACCUCUGUCAGGAAGACGGCCACCCUCUUUCUCAAUGGGGAGCAGCAAGACAUACAGCAAGUUGAGGAGUUAAUGGAGAUGAUGCGUUCAGUAUUUCAGGAGACAACAGCAGCAAUAAGAAGAGAAGCAGCAGAAGCAGCACCGCUCUCUGCUGCUGUCUCCGCUCAAGACAUAGACAUGGGGGGGGGCCCCCCGGGGGCCCCCGAAGCCGGGGGGCCCCCCAAAACAAAAGGGGUACCAUCAACACCCAAGGGGUCGAGAGAACAGAAUAAAAACCACCAGCAGGGGGCCCCCGGGGGGCCCCCAGGGUCUCCUACAGCAGCCAGUAAACCUGUGCAAACAGAAAUGGAUGCAUCUGAAUCCGACUGUAGCAGCAGCAAAAGCAGCAGCAGCAGCAGCAACAGGAGUAGCAGCAGCAACAGCAGCAGCAGCAGCAACAGCAGCAGCAGCAGCAGCAACAGCAGCAGCAGAAGCAGCGAUAUGAGUAUACCUGCAUGA